AUGAAGUUGGCACACUUCCGAUCCCAUGAACUCCUGUGUCGCAUGAGGGCCCAGAUAUCGAUUUCAGAUACUCAACAAAGGGAGGUUGGUCGCGUUCGUGAUGCCAUCGUCCGUGCAACCAAGGAAGGGAAUUUUGAGUUUGUUUUUGAAAUUGUGAAAGCGGAUCCACAACUUGUGUGGAGCAAUGAUGGAAAAUCAAAAAACAUUUUUUCAGUUGCUGUCCAAUAUCGUCAAGCCAAAAUCUUUAGCCUUAUCUAUGGUCUUGAUAUUAAAAUCGCUUUGGCAGAUACUAGAGAUGACUUCUACGACAAUAACUUAUUACAUAUGGCCGGGAUGUUAGCACCUUCUACUUCACUUAAUGACAUCGCAGGUGCAGCUUUGCAGAUGCAAAGAGAACUACAAUGGUUUAAGGAGGUGGAGAGCAUUGCCACUCCUAAGGCUCGUGGAUUUGUAAACAAAGAGGGUUUGACUCCUCGACAAUUGUUUACAAUGAACCAUGAGGACAUGAUGAGCAAGGGAGAGAAAUGGAUGAAGGAUACAGCAUCUUCUUGUACUGUGGUGGGUGCUCUCAUUGUUACCAUUAUGUUUGCCACAGCAUUUACCGUUCCAGGUGGUAACGACCAAAAUACUGGCUUCCCAAUUUUCUUAAAUAAAAAAUUAUUUAUGGUCUUUAUAGUAUCCGAUGCUCUCUCACUCUUUUCUUCCUCAACUUCAGUCUUGAUGUUUCUAGGAAUCCUCACAUCUCGUUAUGCAGAAGAAGAUUUCCUUGAGUCCUUGCCUAGAAAGAUGAUAAUAGGCCUUUCCACCCUUUUCUUUUCUAUUGCAGCCAUGAUGACAGCCUUUUCUGCUGCACUUAUACUUAUGCUACAUGAACAAUCAUGGAUUUUCAAACCUAUCAUUUGUUUGGCUACUAUUCCUAUCACCCUCUUUGUAUCGAUGCAGUUCCCCCUCCUUGUUUCCAUGGUCAAAUCAACUUACGGACCUAGCAUCUUUGAUAGGAAAAUGAAGCGUUGGUUUUAA